CGCUGGAUCAUUUGGGGUCGCGCGCCUUCGGGCCGAGCCGCUGAGUCCGUGGCUUUGACUGACGCGGUAGUUGCGCAUCCGGCCUGAGAAACUCUGUGAGAGAGUGCUCCCAGUCGGCUCCCAGAGUGAUGCCUAGCGCAUCCCAGAGUGUACACACCCCUGUCUCCAGUACCUAGAUCAAGAAAGAACCUUAAACAGUACAUGCAUCCCAGAAGCCCUACUUUGUGGUGCCAGCUUAGCAAAGCUUCAAUCUUGGAGUAAAAACCAGGGACAUUGCCAGAGCAAAUAAGAACAAAAGUACAAAUGGAGGACUGGUCAAAAGGAUUUAAAGUUUGAUGCUUUGGAGAAGUCAUCACCAGAAAGCAGAUAUAGCCCACAUUUAUCUUGAACAAGAUACUGUUGGGAUAAAUAAAAGUACACAGAUAGAUGAGCAACUCACUAUGAAUUCUGAGGGAAGCAUGCAUCAGAAAUCCAGUGAGUUAGCCAAUGAAGUCACAUAUGAGGACCCUGAAAUACCAGGAUGGAAAUCUAGGAAUUUUCAGAUCUUCAGCCCUUAUCCAGAUGAUGAGACAUCUGAAAAAUGCAAAAUUAUGGAACAAAGAAAGAAUGAAUUGCAUUAUGAACAUAUGAGUCCUUGUCAAAUUACUCCAGACCUAAAUAAAGAGACAACUGUAGCAUUUCUUCUAAAAGAAUUGGAUAUUCUCAGAACAAGCAAUAAAAAGCUUCAAGAAAAACUGGCUAAAGAGGAUAAAGAACAGAGAAAAUUAAAGCUUAAACUGGAACUCCAAGAGAAAGCAGCAGAAGCUAAAAUUGCUGAAAAGGCAGCAGCUCUGGUUGAAGAAGUGUAUUUUGCACAGAGGGAACGAGAUGAAGCUGUUAUGUCUAGGCUGAAAUUAGCCAUUGAGGAGAGAGAUGAAGCAAUCACACGAGCCAAGCAUUUGGAAAUAUCUCUAAAAGCGCUAGAAAAUAUUAACCCUGAAGAAAAUGACAUGACAUUACAGGAAUUACUGAACAGAAUAAACAAUGCCGACACAGGAAUAGCUAUUCAGAAGAAUGGAGCUGUAAUUGUGGAUAGAAUCUACAAGACCAAGGAAUGUAAAAAGAGAAUAACUGCCGAAGAAAUGAAUGCAGUGAUACAAGAACGGGAUGCUGCUUUGUCUCAGUGCAAACGGCUAGAGCAGGAGCUUCAUCAUCUGAAAGAGCAGAACCAGACUUCAGCAAACAACAUGAGACAUCUGACUGCUGAAAACAAUCAAGAACGUGCUCUGAAGGCAAAGUUGUUAUCAAUGCAAGAAGCCAGAGAAGCUGCCAUUGAACAGUACAAAAAAUUGGAAGAAGAAAUCCAGACACUACGAGUUUACUACAGUUUACACAAAUCUUUAUCUCAAGAAGAAAACCUGAAGGAUCAAUUUAACCAUACACUUAGUACUUAUGAAGAAGCUUUAAAAAACAGAGAGAACAUUGUUUCCAUCACUCAACAACAGAAUGAGGAACUUGCUACCCAACUGCAGCAAGCUCUGACAGAGCGAGCAAACAUGGAAUUACAGCUUCAGCGUGCCGUAGAGGACUCCCAAGUGGCCAGUGAAAAGGUUCAGAAUGUCAUCUACUGCACUGCUGCUGCCAUGGACUAACUGGAAUUCAG